GACUUUAUUACUUUUGCUUUACCAACUUCGGUUCAGUCUAUGCUACUACUACCAGGUCAUACACAGACCACCAAACCCUGAACAAUGGCGAUCAUAACAGAAGAAGAACCAGACCCAACACCCCAACCAAACACCGACUCAACCCCACUCGUCCACAAACCCACCUCACCACCAACCCCACCCACCACCACAACAAACCCCUUCACUUUCUGGUUCUUCUUCACUCUCUCAGUCUCUCUCAUCACCCUCCUCUUCAUCUCUCUCUCUCAGCUCACCCCACAAGACCCCAAAACCUGGUUCCUCACUCUCCCCACCACUCUCCGCCACCACUACUCCACCGGUCGAACCAUCAAGGUCCAGACCACCCCAAAUCACCCCCCAAUUGAAGUCUUCGCCAUUCAAGAUGGACCCAUCAAAUCCGAUAACAUACUCAUUGUACAUGGGUUGGGUUGUAGUUCUUACUCUUUUCGCAAAAUUGUCAAGUCUCUGGGCCUCAAAGGCCUCCGUGCAGUCGCUAUCGAUCUACCCGGUUCUGGGUUUUCCGAUAAGGCGACGAUUGUGGUGGAAGAGAGCUCCGGUGGUGGUUUAGGGAGCGUUUGGGAGAUUUAUAGUGAUAUUAGAGAAAAGGGUUUGUUUUGGGGGUUUGAUCAGUUGGUUGAAAAUGGGUAUGUGGAUUAUGAGAAGAACAAUGAUGUUAGGGUAGUGAGGAGAGAAAGUGUUAAGGCCAUAGAAAUGGGUGCUGAAGAGAUGGGUAGGGUUUUGGGGCAGGUUAUUGAUUCAAUGGGAUUGGGUCCUGUGGAUUUGGUUUUGCAUGAUUCAGCAUUAGGGUUGGGGGCAAACUGGGUUGCAGAGAAUCCGGGAUUAGUGAGGAGCAUAACACUUCUUGAUACCGGGUCCUGGUCAAAUGCAUCGGCUUUGCCUUUGUGGCUAUUGGGAGUGCCUGUGAUUAGAGAGGUGGUGUUGGGGUUUGAGUUUGUGUUCAAGAGGGUUCUUGAAAUGUGCUGCUUGAAAUCAGUUGGUGGGUCGGAGGCGGAGGCUCAUAGGAUCCUUUUGAAGGGUAGGGAUGGGAGGCGGGCGGUUGUUGGAAUGGGGAAGAAGUUGAAUUAUAGUUUUGAUGUGGCGGAAUGGGGUGGUUUGGAUGGGGUGAAAGGUUUGCCAAUGCAAGUGAUCUGGUCUAAAGAAUGGAGUGAUGCCGGUCUCCAAGUUGCCGGUGCACUUCCACAGGCAACGUUUGUCAUGCAUUCUGGUGGGCGUUGGCCUCAGGAAGAUACAGCUGAUGAGCUAGCUGAAAAUAUUUACAAGUUUGUGUCCUCCUUACCGAAAUCCAUUAGACAAGCCGAGGAAGAGCCCGUACCCGAGCAUAUUCAGAAGAUGUUUGAUGAAGCAAGAGAGAAUGGUCCUGACCACCAGCACCAUCAUAGUCAUGGUGGCCAUGACCACCAUGAUGGUCAUGGUCAUGCUCAUGCAGCUGGUUAUAUGGAUGCAUAUGGGCUCAAUCACGGCUGGGGAAGUUGAACUGUUUCCUUAUUUCUGGAACUGGAUAUAAAACCCAUGACAAGAAGUUAACUAAUUUAGAUGCUCGGUGUUACUUCUUUAAUAUCUUUUGUUUGUACAACACUUCUCUCUGUCCAGAAAGCAUGUAUUCUAUAAAGAUUGUUCUCAUGAAAGUUUGAAGUUGAAAUGUGGCAGUUUUUAUUUAUGAUGGCCAGAUUUCCAAACAAUACACGAUGUUAUGAUAUUAUUGCUAUUUUUCCA